AUGGGAGGCCUUAUGAAUUCCGUGCAUUAUGCGACAUCGGAUCUCAGAACUCCGGGGCAGAUCCGAGUAGAAGGUAUAGGCGCCAAUGCAGCCACGUACACAAAAGGUUCCACAACUGUACGAUUGAGAUCCCUCGUUGACGAGACUUUCUCGAUGCAAAUUGAAGUCUACAUCCUACAAUCGAUUACGACUAUGACACCAAUAUGCAAGGUCGACUCCUCCGCCUGGGAUCACCUUUCUGGACUCCAGCUUGCCGAUCCAACAUUUGGUACUCCUGCCAAAAUUGAUCUACUUAUUGGCGCAGAUAUUUGGCCCGCUUUAAUUGCCGAUGGGAUUGCUGCGGGACUCCAUGACGAACCGUGCGCGCUCUGUACCCGCCUCGGUUGGGUUGUGAUUGGCCCUGUGAUGGUCAACACUCCAAAUCAUUUGACGCAUACUCUAACUGUCAGUAAAUGUAUAGGCGAUCAGCAACUGGAUAAACUACUGCAGAGGUUCUGGCAGGUUGAGGACAAUGGUCCUGCCGACGAACUCUCGGUAGACUCUUGUGAACGGAUUUUCAUUGACACUGUACGUCGCACAGCGAGUGGACACUAUAGUGUACAAAUCCCGUUUCUUCCGAAUGCUCCCGUGUUAGGAGAUUCAUAUCAAGCAGCGCGCCGUCAGUUUUUCAUCUUGAGCGAAAAUUAG